AUGGCAUCACCGGAUGGAGCCAGCGGUGUGGGUGGCAGUCCUGAGGAGACAGAGCUCAGCAUCACCCUGACCCUCCGCAUGCUGAUGCAUGGCAAGGAGAUCGGCAGCAUCAUCGGCAAGAAAGGAGAGACUGUUAAGAGGAUCCGAGAGCAGAGCAGCGCACGCAUCACCAUCUCGGAAGGAUCCUGCCCCGAGCGCAUCACCACCAUCACUGGCUCCACUGACGCCGUCUUCCGUGCUGUAUCCAUGAUCGCCUUCAAGCUGGAGGAGGACCUGGGAUCAGGGAGCAAUGGGGUGGCAGCAGGCAGAGCUCCGGUGACCCUGCGCCUCGUCAUCCCAGCCAGCCAGUGCGGCUCCCUCAUUGGCAAGGCAGGAGCCAAGAUCCGAGAGAUCCGGGAGAGCACUGGGGCACAGGUGCAGGUGGCUGGUGACCUGCUGCCCAACUCCACCGAACGGGCUGUCACUGUCUCAGGGGUGCCGGACACCAUCAUCCAAUGUGUGAGGCAGAUCUGCGCCGUCAUCCUGGAGGUACCUGAUGAGCACCAUGCCCAGCCCAGGGUGGGCAUUGGUCCCCACCUGGUCCCACACUGAUGUCACUUUUUCUCCCCCCAGGGCUUCUCCAUGCAGGGCCAGUACAGUGGGGUCUCUCCUGCAGAGGUGACAAAGCUGCAGCAGCUGUCAGGGCACACGCUCCCCUUCGCCUCCCUGGGCCAUGCACCUGCCAUGAUGUCAGGCCUGGAUCCCAGCUCCCAGAGCAGCUCCCAGGAGUUCCUGGUGCCCAACGACCUCAUCGGCUGCAUCAUUGGCCGGCAUGGCAGCAAGAUCAGCGAGAUCAGGCAGAUGUCAGGUGCCCACAUCAAGAUUGGGAACCAGACUGAGGGCUCCAGUGAGCGGCACGUGACCAUCACGGGCACCCCUGUCAGCAUCACCCUGGCUCAGUACCUCAUCACUGCCUGCUUAGAGACAGCUAAAUCUACCUCCCAGGUGCCGCCGGGCCCUGGCUCCAUGGACCUCGGAAUGGGCUUCUCCCAGCCCCUCACCCCGGGCUCUGGUGCAGCACUGCCUGCCGUCGCCCCGGCCCCCCCGGCCUUGCUGGGCACCCCCUAUGCCAUCUCCCUCUCCAACUUCAUCGGCCUGAAGCCAGUGUCCUUCCUCGCGCUGUCCCCAUCCUCCGUGGCAGGUCCCACUGGAUAA